AUGUCUUCAGCCGUUGCGCCCUCGACCUUUCGCCCAUACCUCCCUUCUCCAACCCAUACUGCCGCAUACCCACUACGGCAUACACUGGGUCCCGACAAGCAACAAGACUACCUGUUAGCUCGACAAACCUCCCUGUAUAGGGGUGGUCUGCGAACGCCUCCCGCCGAAAACAUGAACGCUACAUACCACCACCCCGUGUUGUCUAACACGUAUAACAGCCAUGUUGCCCUAGCGAGACAGCCACAUGCUAUGGUCCAGACAGGCCGGACGGGAGGAUCACUAUGCGACAUCGUUAUGAAUCAAUUCCAUACGACUCAUCCGCCUCAACAGCUUCAGCAUUCACAAUAUCAGCAGCCACAUCCUAAUACUGCUCAGGUGAUAACUUCUCAACCGCAAGCACAUCCUUCCUCAAAACCAUCGACCCAACCCACGACACCUGCAUCUACAGGCCCACUCAGCGCGCGUUGCGAAGGUACGGUUUCGAAGAAAGACUCGACCAUGGUAACGCACAACCUGCAACUUCCAUCAUGUAUUAGCCUUAACGGGGGAAACCUGGACGAUUUUGCGGCGCUGAUGACUUGUUUCUUUUGGUUUGAGACCAUGGAUACGAUUGUUGCCGCUGAACACAUUAAAGACCGUUCACCAUCUGAUCCGAUACCUCCGCUCUCCCAAUACACACAACCCUGCCCCGCCUACAAGCAGUGGGUAAAUAAGAUUCUAUCCACGACCCAGGUGACGCAAAAUGUAAUCCUAUUAGCUCUGCUAUUCGUAUACCGGUUGAAGAAGGUAAAUCCAAAAGUGAAUGGGAGCCCGGGAAGCGAGUAUCGACUCUUGACUGUAGCCCUCAUGCUAGGCAACAAAUUCUUGGACGAUAACACGUACACGAACCACACGUGGGCCGAAGUCUCGUCUAUUUCUGUGAAAGAAAUUCAUAUCAUGGAAGUGGAAUUUCUCAGCAACAUGCGAUACGGACUGUUGACAUCGAAAGAAGAAUGGGAAGAUUGGUUGAACAAGUUGUCAUGUUUUCAUGAAUAUUGCGAGCGGGCGGUGAUCGAAGAGAGACGCCGUAACGCCGCACCUAUCAUGCAGAUGAAUGUACCAUCGCCGACACACCACGCAAGAUAUACUUCGCCAUUGCCUUCCCCGACCAACAUCUUGCCAUCAACCGGACAAGGCGCGCCGUUGUCGCUUGCGGCCGCUUAUUCGCCUAACUCAGCGGUCAAUGCUCACAGCUGGAACAGUUACCACCCUACACCAUCAGUUUCUCCUCUCGCCGUUAAACCGAGCUUAGGCCACGCUAUGGUGCGAAAGAGAAGUCUAGAAGGCGGGGAUGCGGUCGAACCCGCCACCAAGAAAACCCUUCGCCAACCCACUCUUACGAGAAUGCAACCGAAUCGGUCAGCUCAUUCGGGUGCUGAGCCAGUACGUCUGCCCGUGCCACAUCUUACGCUCGACACUAGCCAGGCUACUCUCCCGCCCACGUAUCCACCAACUUCGGCAUGUCCCCCUCAACAGGCAGUGUCGUUGCCUCCUCUCGGGCAUGGUAUGAGAGCAAUGUCAACGGUUUAUCCAACUGCUACGACUAGUUGGGCACCGCAGGGUCCUGUGCUUGCUACAUGUGGACCACAAACACCGUCCUAUGUGCUGCCGCCAAACUACGGCACACCAAUCAAACGACAAAGCCCCACUAGUCUGACACCAUUUGGUUCAUCGCCAUUGGCCGAGGCGUAUGGUGUGCAUACGCCUAUUUCAAACUCACCGCUUGUAUAUCUACAACAACGAGCUAGUCCUUACAAGCCGGUUCGCCGAGUGAACCAUCUUCUAAACCCCCCUCCAUCUAUGCCGCUUUCCCAGUAUCAUUUGGGUUCGAACCAAAUGCAUUAUCAACCACUUGGUCGACGAAAUGAUCUCCGUUCUGGUAUUGUUCCGGAAUUUCUCCCUGCUUACGCCAGCCAUCAACCUCAAAAUCAUCCUUAUUGA